AUGCGGCCUGAACUGGAAUCAAAUGCUGAAUGUGACAAGGAAGCCUUUCACGUGGAACUAACUGUAGCAUUCUUCACAGAGAGCCAUUUGAAAAAGAGUGGCACUUCUCAGAGCAAGGAGCAGCCCCAGAAUGCCAAGCCACUAGAACCGCCCUCGAGUAUCCGGAGACAGAGUUAUAAGCAAGCAGUGGAUGAGCGAUGUAAUGGGCAACAGCUAGGAGACUGUGACCACUCUCCUUCAUAUGAUAAGGCCACUUCUUCUCCUGUAAGCAAGACUCUAGCCUCACUCAGCCCAGCCAGCAAGGUCGCGCGUCCGUUCAAACGCGUUUUACGGACGGUGCAGAAGAACCAGCUGCUUGUGACCCCAGGGUCCACAGGGCACAACAGUGUCAUGAAAAACCUUAUCAAACGCAACACUCCUACCCGACCGGAUUCCAAGGAGAAGGAGUGGCAGCGGCUGGAGAGCCUGAGGAAGAAGCAGGAGGCCAAGCAACAAAGAAAACAGAAAGUGGAGGAGGCAAAGAGACGGCGCCUCGAGAAGAUGAAAUUGAAGCGUGAGGAGCGUCUGAGGAAGGCACUGCAGGCUCGCAAACGGGUGGAGCAAAUGGAAGAGGAGAAGAAAAAGCGGAUGGAACAGAAAUUCACUCAAAGUGAGGAGAAGACUAAGAAGGUGCGAGAAGAGAAGGUGGUAGGAAAAAAGAUGAAGAAAAAAUUAGCUGAGACGACUGGGGGUGUGCAGACCCGAAAACAGAAAGCGCUGCAGAUGGAGGAGGAUGAACACAAGCAGCAGGAGCUACUGCAGAAGAGGAGAGAGGAUGAGCAGCACGACAAAGGGAGGAAGAUUGCGGAGCUGAAGAAACUGGCGGAGCAGGAACAGGCAAAGGAGAGGAGUCAUAAACAGCAAGAGAAGGGGAAGGCCCUUCACCUGCAGAUGGAGCUGGCAGUGGUUACAGAGGAGGAGCAAAACCAAAAGAAGAAAUCUCCUGUCACUGACUCCUAUCAAGGGCUCCCUUUAGGCUCAAAAGAACCCAGAUUCCCCAAGGUAAAUCCAAAUAACUAUGGACUGGAUCUGAACAAUGAUGACUCCACAGAUGAUGAAAGCCAGCCCCGCGAGCCCAUCCCUGUCUGGGCCACUGGGGCUCAGCUUUAUCAAGCUGUUACAUACCAAUAUUACAACCCUCCAAAUAUCGAGACACUCUUUGGUAGUUGUGAUCCGCCGAAGCUGGAGGACAUUUUCCGCAAGAACAAGCCGUGAUAUUUCAAACACACCAGCUCUGCUGUCUGUCACUCACCACCCCUUCCUGGUACCAAGUCUACACGGGUAGAAGCUGAGAAAGUACUGAGGAAGGAGAGAGUCCCUCUUCUGUCCACCUGCCAUUGCCACGUUGUCCUGGUUUUUGUAUAAAGGAAAAAAAAUGUUUUCUAAGAUCUGUUGUUUUUUAAAUAGUUGCAUAGAAUAAAAGCUUUAAUAAAAGUUCAUGUUAAAAUAAUCGGCCACGUUCCUUCCUGUCUGGGGUGGGUUUUUGUUGACACUUCGUUUUGCUGUGGGAAAGAGCAGAGGCUUACUAAACUACGGCACUGCCCCCUCAGUGUCACUUUACUUCCUUCUAUGCCCUCUCCCUUAUGUGUACCCACGCUGCUGUGUGGUACUUGAGAACCCCUGUCUGAUUGUAUGCCUCUAGAUGGGGAAAAGACAAAUUUGGGCAUAGGAGGAAGGAUUUCUCCCUAUAAAAAGGGUGACAAUCCACCAUUAGGCAGGCGAUACACCCAUCUUUCUAUCUUCCAUCGCCUCACCCUGCCUACGCCUACGAAAGCUGUCAAUUACUGAUAAAUCGUGGUGUUAUUUCUUUUCACAGUUGUAAGUAUGAAAUAAUUCUUAUUUCUGCUUUACCUUUAAAGCAUCUAGUCUAUAAAGAGUUAACUCAUAACCAUUUUUCAUCACUUACCUAUCAAAGGUGUGAACAACUCCCUAGUGCUACAGAGUGCAUUUAGAACUGUGUAUUAUCAUAGAUUUAUAUCUCUUAAAGAACUGUGAUAUUUUGUAACUUUGUAAUCUCAAACUGCUUUUAAGAUUUUUGCAUUUACUUAUUGAUUCAUUGAUUUUAAAUAAAAGGUCUUGAUUGACUAAUUUUGUUUCAGUGUAAUUUCCUGUCAUAUAUCCCCAAUCUCCUUGUAUAAAUUCUGUGAAGCCUGAUUCAAGACGAA